GAGGUUCAUAAAGGCAUCACGAGUAGCCGCUGUGAACUAGCGGAAAUAAUGAUACACCGAGGCUCUUGUGUGAGGCUAACUGCAGAUCUCUGAUGACAGACAUGGUUAACAGAGGUGUGAUGGCUGCAGUUCUGCUCCAGCUGUCAUGACUCCUUUCAUUUGGCUGCUCACAUGGCAGAUCCCGUUAGCUAUGAGUGAACUGCCCCCGCCUGUCAACCUUAUCCUGACCCCAAGCCAUAUGUUGAAAUGGCAACCAGGACCAAGGACCCCCACUGGAGUGUACUACAAUGUCACCAUUAUCACUGACAAGGGGACAUCCUGGGUGCCAGUGGCUGGCUGUGAGAAUGUCCACUCCCCUUUGGUUUGUGACCUCACAGGUGCUUUUCACGACCAAAGAGAAGUCCACUUUAUCCGGGUUGUGACAGUGCAGGAAGGACAGGCCUCACAAGCAGUGAUUCACUCAGGAUUUAAACCCCUCGAAGACACUCAGUUGGACCUGCCACACCUGACUGUGACAACCUGUGGAAGGAAUCUUUGUGUGGACCUUCACCCCCCCAUGGAACACAGAAGAGAGAUCUAUGCCAAACUCAGUUACAAACUCAAGAUUGAAUGCAACAGUGCAGAAAGAGCCAAGUUUUUCAAGGACAUCUGGUCCCUGAGAAGACAGAUUUUGGAGGACCUGGCCCCUGGCAGACAGUACUGCAUCUCUAUCUGCAUCUUGGAUACACUUGAGUCCAAGGCGUCCAACUACAGUCAACCUGUAUGUUCUUCCACCCCUAGCAUCUAUACUGCAGACCCCUGGCUCUCAGCUGUAUUCUGUUCAUUGCUGAUGUUAGGUGUGGUUAUCCUGGCCAUUCUGUGGUUCACUGGUUCCAUCUGUCUGAAAAGGAGGCGACUACCACUGGUCCUGACAUCCAUUAAUCAUGUUGAAGGGAUUGUGGUCAUUGAUCCCUACAGCUCGUCUUCCUCUUCCUUUUUGAAUGUUAAGCCAACACUGAUCUCUUCAGGUGAAAAGAGGAGCAACCAGUCAUCAGAUGAGAGUGAUGUGGAAAGUGGAACAGAAAGCCAUGAUGGGUGCAGAGGAGAUUAUUCACUGCGGGUGGGCUCAUCCUCUUUGUCAGCCCCCUUGUUUCCAGAGCCUGAACCACAGCUCAAUAUCUUUUCAAACCAAAUAUCAGACUUCAGUUUACAGCCUGAAGUCCCAAUUUCAAAAGAGAUACAUUCCAGUGCUGGACUGAACCAUAAAAAGAGCACAGACAGUUUGAUAGUAGGAAUAAAAGAGACAAAUAGGGAGAAGAAGGAGGUGAUGAGAAAGACACACAACCAGGAUGUGAAUCUCCUCACAUUAACCUUUGGAAGGAAUGAGAAGAAAGGGGAGGAGGAAUCUCAUCCAGACCUGGGAGAGGUAGAGCCACAGUCUCACUCAGCCUCAGAGGAGAACAACAUCAGUCUAAUUCAACCUUCACAAACUUGGGAUACCAAGGAGGUGGCCAUAGAAACAGUUUCCUGCUCUUCUAAUGAAGAUGUGGAGGAAGAGGAGCACUCUGGAUAUAUGGGGCGUCCAUGCACAGAUGUGUUACAGAAUUUAUAGUAGAAGUCCACAAGUUUUCCAUUUGGAGUCUUUUCAUUAUUUCAUAAUGUGUUAAAUCCAAAGAAAGACUGGCACUGGUCUAAAUUCUGAUUUUGACAACAGAUUUUUGGUGAGUAAUUCUCUUUAGAAAGACACCUAACUUUGGGUCAAACUGUACUCUUUGUGCUUCUGUAAGUGCUGUUUUACUUACUCUGUGUUGGCAGCUAUAUGAAUAUUUUAUAAUGUUUUGAGUUAAUGACUGAUUGAUUUCACAUCAAGUUUGUGCAGUAGAGACAGAAGAGAUUUUGUUGAAUCAGAAUAAGUGUGAAAAUGCUGUCUCUCCCCAUGUAAACAACACAACCGUACACAUUAGUAAUUGUGUUGUUGUUAGGGUUAGGGUUAGGGGGUUAGGGUUACAUUUCCAUGCUGCUUGUUAACUGAGGGAAAGUAGGUACACUUGACAACAUUUCUUCAGCUGUAUUAGUCUCAAUAUCACUGAUGACGUGUGCAAAAGUGCAAAAGUUUCUUCAAAUGGGAUUUUAACUUACGACAUUGUCUUUCAGUGUGCACUAGACAUUGAAUUUGAGAGAAAAGGUCAAUAAAUAGGAAUAGUGCUUAAAGGUCCUAAGAGAAUUUACUGUCUCCAGAAUAUGUAUUGAUCUUGAACUAGAGCUGAAACUAAAUUGAGUAUUAUCAAAAAAAAAUGUGAUGCUUUGAUAAAAUUUGUAUGGAUUAAUCGUAUGGUCAUCGUCAUGGUCAGUGUAGAAUCAUUACCAAUGAACUUAUGUAAAGUUACACAUUGCCACAGGAUACGUGUAUUAUUACUGUUACAUGUGUCAUUAUGCUUGUAUCUGUAUGUUUAAUCAAACAGUGUAUUAAAAUUCAGAAACUGUGAAAAUGUAAUUUUCCAUAUUGAGCGUAAAAUCCUGCCAUCCUUUAAACUCAGUGCCAAAAUAGUCAAUGUAUCCUGUUACUCAUUCUUAAGCUGUGCACAUGCUUUUUUCACAAUAAUAAAGUAGCAUUUUAUUUUGUAA